AUGGCGAGGCUUAUUGACGAGUCGCAAAAGGAUCGAGCAUGGGAACAUUAUGCCGUAUACAAAGAUUGGUUCAUCAGGAAUAUCCUUCGACCAGAUGAGACAAGGACCAUAGUAGUGUUGCCCAUUGAGGAGCUCGAGCCGCGUUACAGGGAUGUACCGCCAGAUCAGCCUGUCGAAACCCCGAAAGGGAUUAGCGUCUUAUAUCUGAGUCCCACGCUGGGCGCACCAGAGAUUGUGGUUCCAGGCAAGCAUUUCAAAUACUGCCAAAAGCUCUCGCUAACCUUUACAGCUGGACAAAUUCCAUUCAAUUCGCGUAUCACUGGGCAACAAGAGUAUCUGCCCAUGGCAGUGUCUUUGCUGGGAGCCCCAGAAACCGACUUGGAACUGAUCGAGAUGACUGAGGGCUUUCUCAAGCAUGCGAAAAGGUCUUCUCGGGUACAGACAGGAAGAACGAUGUUCGGUGAUAAGGAGAGAUGA